UCGUACAAGUGCAGCACUCUGUUCAUCGCGGCUUCCUCGAUUGCUUAGGAAACCCAAAGCCAUCGGAGAAGUCAGCUGGCCGCCGGCGGUGUGGGGUGGGGGGGCAGAGAGAGAGAGAGAGAGAGAAAUGGACGGGAAAGCGGAAAAUGGGGAUGGCGGACUGGAGCAGCCGUUGUUAACAGAGAUCGAGAGACUGAGUGAUGCAGAGCCUGAGCGGGGAGGAAGGGGAGGGGAAGAAAAGGUAGGCCGAGACGACGGGAAGUACAGAACGAACGGAAAACAUGGAUCGUCGGAGGUGGGAUGUUGUGAUCCCGAACGUUGUGAUGAAGCUGGCGAACGUUGUGAUGAAGCUGGCGAGGUCGGCGUGCAUGCUGCGUACGGGCCACAUCGAUCGUCGGACUCGGAAUGUCGGGAUCCCGAACGUUGUGAUGAAGCUGGCGAGAUCGGUGAGGGUGAUAUGAUCAGAAAGCCCACGCCGUACCGCACACUUGCGAUUGUUGCGUUCGCGAUCUUCGCUAGCUUCGAAGUACUGCAAGGCUGGGGGAUGAGAGUUCUCGCGGAACUCUGGAACGGCACGGACUACACAUUCGUGCCGUCCAAUGCUCAACGGGUGCAGAGGUGGAUGGGGGACGAGGGGAUACGGGACACGAGAGCGCCCGCGGGUGGCCAGCGACAGCGGAUGGACAACGGAAAGAGGGGCGAGAUUCAGGAUGCCCUCGAUGAGGAGGAGGGCCGCGAGGGUGGGGCCAGGGAGGGGGGGGUCGCAGACGAGGCAGUCGGAGAGCCUGACCUGCCAGGGGAGGAGGUGGUGAUGACGUCGAGAGGCGUCGGUCGAGCGGGUCCCGCUCCUAGGGCGCCGCGUUCUGAGUUGGAGCACGCGAGGAGGGAGAAGAGGGUAGUGGGGGGGGCUGACGUUGAGGUGCGAGACACGGGCAGGGAGAAGAGGGCUCGACAGACGACGAUUGAUGAGAUGUACGACAAGGAGAGGUUGGCCGAGUUCACAGACGCGUGGCUGCAGUGGAUCUACGUGAAGGGGUUGCCAUUCAACGCCUUCCGUGGUCCGGAGUUCCAGAGGGUGCGGCAGGCGACAGAGAGAGUGCCUCGCACUAUCCAGUUCCGGUUUCCCUCCUACAGGGUUACAGCGGGCGCCGGAAUCCCUUCGCAGAGGGCGAAGGUGGCGACGAUGGUGAGCGAGGUGCGCGCCUCUUUCCGGCACACCGGUGCCACCAUCCUCUCCGACGGGAGGAAGUCGCGCAGCGGCAAGCCGCUCGUGAACUUCCUCGCCGGGGGCGCCAAUGGCGCCUUGCUAUACGCCACCGUCGCACGUGACGGGUCGGUCCGAGAUACAGCGGACAUCGUGUACCGUAGGUGGCGGGCCAUCAUCUUGUCCUUUCCUGCAAAGGACGUGAUCGACUUCUGCACAGACUCCUCCAGUAACUAUACGGCGGCAGCGCGCAGAUUCGCCACGGACCCUGAGCCCGACAUUAGGAGGAUCACUUGGCUCCCGUGCUCCACCCAUGUCUGCAACUUGAUAUUGUCAGAUAUCGGGACGUGAGUGGGGUGGGUCAAGGACACCAUCAUCCGCGCUCGAGCGCUUGUGCGA